AUGUUCACCGCCAUCACCCCGACGUCACCGCCAUCACCACGACGUCACCGCCAUCACCUCUUCCGUCACCGCCAUCACCCUACGUCACCGCCAUCACUCGACGUCACCGCCAUCACCUCCUCCGUCACCGCCAUCACCCCGACGUCACCGCCAUCACUCCCGACGUCACCGCCAUCACCUCCUCCGUCACCGCCAUCACCCUCCGUCACCGCCAUCACCCCGACGUCACCGCCAUCACCCAUACAUCACCGCCAUAAUUCCGACUUCACCGCCGUCACCGCUAUCACUGCCGACAUCACCGCCACCACUGCCGACGUCACCGCCACCACUGCCGACGUCACCGCCAUAACCCGACUUCACCGCCGUCACCGCCAUCACGCCGACAUCACCGCCACCACUGCCGACGUCCCGCCAUCACUCCCGACGUUACCGCCUUCACCCGACGUCACCGCCAUCCCGCCGCGUCACCUCCACCACUCCCGACGUCACCGCCACCACUCCCGACGUCACCGCCACUACUCCCGACGUCACCGCCACCACUGCCGACGUUACCGCCAUCACUUCCGACUUCACCGCCAUCACUGCCGACGUCACCGCCAUCACCCUACGUCACCGCCAUCACUCCCCACGUCACCGCCAUCACUGCCGACGUCACCGCCAUCACUCCCUACGUCACCGCCAUCACUGCCGACGUCACCGCCAUCACUUCCUACGUCACCGCCAUCACUGCCGACGUCACCGCCAUCACUCCCCUACGUCACCGCCAUCACGCCGACGUCACCGCCAUCACGCCGACGUCACCGCCAUCACCCCUUACGUCACCGCCAUCACUCCCUACGUCACCGCCAUCACCCUACGUCACCGCCAUCACUGCCGACGUCACCGCCAUCACUCCCUACGUCACCGCCAUCACCGCAUACCUCAUAA